AUGUGCCCGACAAUGGAUUUGAUCGCUGCUUGUACUGUGAAUGGAGACGUAUGGGUUGCGCGUUGGUUUUCAGCUCUUGAAAAAAAUUGGACUUUGCCAUCCUUCAAAUAUCAGAAUGAGAAAGUAGAAACUAUAACGUGGAGACCUGAUGGCAGAGUCUUGGCUAUAGGCUACUCUAGCGCUAUUAUCAGACUCUUUAAUGUCGACACUAGUGAUAUGAUCCACGAAUUAUCACGAAAGUCUAUGGGGGACUAUGCUCGAGCCGACUCGGCGCCUAUCGUAUUUCUUUGCUGGGAGCAAGAUUCUGUGAAUAACGAUAGUGAGACAAACCUUUACGAGAGCGUGUAUCCUAUAGAAAAGUAUCUUCCAAGAUUAAGCACUCUGCCGAAUUCAAAAAUGAGUAAAGUAUUAGGUUGCUCAUAUAAUAAAACUGAACACGAAACGGACGAUGAUUGCAAUACAACGACCGAUUUGCUCAUUGCCGGCGAUGAGCAUGGUAAUCUGCAUUUGAGCGUUUAUGGAAUAUACAACUUGGAGCCUAUAUCCUUGUCGAAGCAGAUGAAUCGAAAGAAUGUGCAAAUUCUCAACACUGCUGCUUCGCUCGAUUUGUCAACUAUCGCAUUACUUUUAAAAUCUGACGACUUAAAUCCGGCCAGUCAGUCUUCAUCUGAUACAAACACGUCCACGACUUGUUAUACAAUAGCCUUAUUCAAUACGGGUUGGCUGCAUACAAAUAAACAACAAAUCCGCGUACUUUCGCAACGUUAUACCACUAUAAAGUAUUUGAUUAGUUAUAUCGCAGAGGGACUUCGUCAGAUGGAAACCGAGUACAAGCACAUGAAAGAUUCGGAAGCUGCUCAUACAGAGCCAUUCAAAGAGGUUGCUGAAGAUAAUAAAGACUUUUGGAAAGCACAGAGAUUACCGGAACCAACACUAUCAGUGGAAUAUUGUCGAUUACUGGCUACCGGAAAGCCAAGUAAAAUGCUUGCAGAAUUUGUGGAACUACACUCAACAAAGAGGGCAAUAAAAGAUUGGGAAAACAAGGGUAUCAAAAGUCUCGAACUUAUUCGUGAAUUAAUUCACGAUUAUAUUCGACCGGCAUGUGAAAAGCUGUUGUUACAAUUAAGUGCACUCGUUGGAUAUAGUAAAUGGCCGCAGAAAUUUGGUGAACUUGGUCUUGAAGAACAGUCAAUACAUGCAUGCGUCAUAAUAACAGGUCGCCUGAUUAAAAGACUUGAAGAGCUUCUUCUGGCGAUUAACGAAGAGCGCGUAAAAUUUAAAGAAUUUCAUGAAUGGCUUCAAAUGGAAUUUGACUGCAUCGUAACCACGGAGCGCACCUCUGCUGCGCCUGCACCCACGAAUAUAAACGUUGAACGCAUAGCGUCUUAUCUCCGCCAUUCUCUCAACAAGGACAUCUUUCGCGAAUUCUUCGUCAAAAACGAAUCUGCCACUAUCAGUCUUUCACAAUUUGAUUUUUCUCUUGACCGCCAACAGUCUUCGACCUCAUUACCCAGUCGCGCGGCAUAUCCUUAUGACUUUAUACACACUCAGGAAUGCGAUAACGAGUCACUGGCCCUCCAAUGUUUUAUCGAAGAACUGGCCAAGCGAUGUGAUGAUGUAUCUUCUUCUACAGCGCAUUAUGUUGCAGCAUCAGUAUCUCUUAGGGAGUACUGGGAUUUCUUUGCAGAAAUGGGAGAUUUCGACGAGAGCAACGAAGAUGAGAAAACGAGACUUACAGAUAUGAGAAUAAUUAACGAAACAACUAUGAGUCAUCUGUAUGUAGCGUUUUAUUCCCGCAACGCGUCAGCGAGUGAACCUAAAUGCUUUAUAUGGCGAACAUGUCUUGCUUCGUCGGAUAAUCCAACGCCGUGCGAAAUCUCUGCCGUCAAUCUGAAGAAUCCCGUCAACGAAACCGAAUUUUUACAAGUGAAAGGGCUGAGGUUCUUCGAUGAUGAACGGUUAGACUUACUUGUCUGUGGAAUCGACGAAAAAGGCAUGGAAUUACAUUAUUUUGGGGAAACGAAGUAUCAAGAAUUAGUCUUUGCAAACCACACAAUCUCUUCUGUCAUUACCAAUAUACUAGUAAACGGCAUCAUCCCAACGACAUUCCCUUUUACUCCACAACUAUUGCUUAAUAACACAGUUCAAGCCUUCUCAUCUAGUAACCAAUGGACUGAGAGGUCUUGUGAUAAUAUUAAGCGAAAACAGGCGACGCAUGCUCAUAUUUGA